AUUUAUCUUCUAUGGCAAGAAGUCAAGUUGUUGUCAAAAAUUUGGAAAUGAAUUUUAUCAUUGUUUUAAAAUACUUUUUUUAAGUUUUAGUAAAUGAAAACUGUGAGUAGUUAAAAAUGGUGCUUCCUAGAAAUAUCUUAAGGUAGAAAAGUUUUCUCGAGAUGGAGGGAUCAAACGAGCGUCUAAUGAAAGCAAUCCAUGAUAACGACCUGAAAGUGAUCACAUUAAGCAAAGAUGUUCGUGUUAAUGAAAUUUGUCGCAAUGGAAUGACUCAUUUAGGAGCUGUUGCUCAAACUGGAAAUUUACCUCUACUUAAAUUAUUAUUAGAUUUUCACAAUUAUAUAAGUUCUCCACCAAACACAAAAGACAAGAAAAAGAAACCACAAUAUUUACAAUUAGAUGGUAGUAAUCCAAAGCGCUGUAAAAAUAUUGGAUAUUUUGUUGUAAUAAGGGAAGAUGACAAUGAAUUUGGUGAUGGUCCAACACCUGAAGGUAUGGAAGCAUUAGAAUGGGACAUGGAAGUAAAUGAUACAAAUGAUUUUAAUAUAGAAGAACCAGUUGAGGAUGAAAAUACUAAUCUUUAUGAGUGGUAUGCUCGUAUAUUAAAUCGAACUUCAAUUAUGUUGGUGUCCCCAGAACAAGACCUAGGAAGACUGGAUCAUCACGGACAAAGUAUUUUACAUUAUGCUAUUCAGUCAGGAAACUUAGAAAUGACAGAUUAUUUAAUAAAUAACUUUGGUAGAGAAUUAAGUUAUGAACAAAAUGAUUCUACUGGGUAUAACUGUAUUCAUAAAGCUGUUGCUUAUGGAAAUACUGAUAUUGUGCGACAUUUAAUCCAAAAAGGAGUAAAUGUUGAUGCCUUGGCGGGUAAGUGGAGAAACAGACAAACACCAUUACAUAUAGCAACAAAACUUGGUCAUCAUGAAAUCAUCAAGCUUCUAAUUGCAUCAAAAUGCAAUAUUAAUGCUCUGGAUUCAGAGGACAGGACUCCAUUAAGUUGGGCUGUAAGACAGUGUGACUUGGAAUCUGUAAAAAUAUUAUGCGAAGCAGGCUGUUUUGUCAAUUGUGAGGAGCGCGGCGAUAUAACUCCUUUGGAACUAGCUAUUCAUAGUGGAUGUGAAGAUAUACUUAAAAUGCUACUUGCAAGAGGUGCACGGAUUGUUCCAUCAAGACAUUUGUUACAUGCAGCUAUAAUACAACAUAGCUUGGAGAUGGUAAUAGCACUUAUAGAUGCUGGUGCACCUAUUAAUGUACCUGAUAGAUAUGGAUACACCCCAAUUAUGAUAGCUUGUACUAGAAAAACAUAUUAA